CAUAUAUACCGGGGUCCUCGAGCGCUCGGGCUGCGCGCGGAGCGGGCUCGGGAGGGAAGUCCCGAGACAAAGGGAGCGCCGCCGCCGCCGUCUCGUCCGCCUCGCUCGCCGGGCCGCGGCCGCCCGAGGGACGCAAACAUGUCGGGGAUCGCCCUCAGCAGACUCGCCCAGGAGAGGAAAGCUUGGAGAAAAGACCACCCGUUUGGUUUUGUGGCCGUCCCAACAAAAAAUCCCGACGGCACGAUGAACCUCAUGAACUGGGAGUGCGCCAUUCCCGGGAAGAAGGGGACUCCGUGGGAAGGAGGCUUGUUUAAACUACGGAUGCUGUUCAAAGACGAUUAUCCAUCCUCACCUCCGAAAUGCAAGUUUGAACCACCGUUAUUUCAUCCGAACGUGUACCCCUCGGGCACAGUGUGCCUGUCCAUCCUGAAGGAGGACAAGGACUGGAGGCCGGCCAUCACGAUUAAGCAGAUCUUAUUAGGAAUACAGGAACUUCUAAAUGAACCAAAUAUCCAAGACCCAGCUCAAGCAGAGGCCUACACGAUCUACUGCCAAAACAGAGUGGAAUACGAGAAAAGGGUUCGAGCACAAGCCAAGAAGUUUGCUCCCUCAUAAGCAGCGACCUGUGGCAUCAUAAAAAGGAAGGGAUUGGUGUGGCAAGAACUUGUUUACAACAUUUUUGCAAAUCUAACGUUGCUCUCUACAAUUACUGGUCACCUGGGGAGGGUUGGGCGGGCGCCAUUUUCCAUUUCCGCCACUGGUACAGUCUCGGCUCGCUGAAUCGCCCAGUUUUUCAUACAGGGUCUCUUCCUUCAGUCUUUUGUAUUUUUGAUUGUUAUGUAAAACUUGCUUUUAUUUUAAUAUUGAUGUCAGUAUUUCAACUGCUGUAAAAUUACAAACUUUUAUACUUCAAUGAGUCCCAAGGAGCUAGUUCCUUUGCUCGCGGAUGCAGGCAUGCUUCACGCCGUCUAGAGCUGCAUUUAGCCUUCAGCUGGCUGCACGAAACAGAAAAUCAGACCUGCCCCGCCCUGCUGCCUCCUCUUCCAGAGCCCGGCUUGUGUUGCUUACGAGCCUCAGAUCCACAGUCAGCCAGCGUCGCGUUUCCGCAUCACUUCCUUUGUGUUUAUAUGGCGUUUGUCUGUGUUGCUGUUUAGAGUAAAUAAACUGUUUAUAUAUAAAAAAA